AUGGCCGGAAAGGUCAAUGAAAAAACAGGAUUUAAAACCGAUCAAACAGAAACUAAAAAAGAUGGACAAGAGAAAUUCAUCCAAAAAGGAUUAGUUAGAACGUCUGAUGAGCUUUUGGAACGAUAUAAAAAUGAAGCACCCUCUUUAAUUCUUCAUAUGUAUCCUACAUACUUUAGAUUUGAUCAACAGGAGGGUGUUUUUCUAUACAAUAGUCCUAUGAAAAUAAUUUUGGAAUAUAUUAGAAUGGAGACAAUCCCUCCUGACUGCAUGGAGAUUUUUAAAAACGCAAAAACUCGAUUUUAUGAAGGAUGUUUAAUUGUUCAAAUACGAGAUCAUAGACAAAGUAUGGCUGAUGUUUCUCAUUCUAGUGGAAAAAAGACCAUGCGUCUAAUAAAUGAACAUAUAAUUCCUUCAAAAUCACCAUCCAAAGGCUUUCCAACAGUAAAUACUACAGAAAAAGUUUAUCGUACAGUUUUAAAACCAUCUUCAGAAACAUUAUGGGAAGAAAUCUGCAUUUUUAGCGAGUCUGUUGGAGGAAAAUUUAGCAAUGAUAUGGCUAUAAAAUUUGAAUCCCAAAUAUUGAUAGCAACCACUCCUAUUCUUUAUUUACUACCUGCAGCAAACCCUAUGGUAAUGUCAAGAAUAUUCUCAGAAUUAUAUGAACCCAUGGUUCCAAUUGUGAAAAAGAGAAAACAAAGUCCUGAUAAAACAAAUGAAGCCAAAAAAGCAGAAGAACAACUUAUGUUGAUUAUGGAUGAAAGACAGGGAAAAAACUUUCAACCUAGUUUUUCACGACUUGCUUUUGUUGAGAAGCUUCGUCAUAAACGAUCACGAACUAAUUUCAACUCUCCUCAGGCUUACCAAAGACAACAUUCUCAAAAUACUUCAUUCAAUAUUCCUAAAAAUGAUCUGUCUUUACAAAAAAUGCAACAAAGAAAUUCUGCAUUAUUAUCUUCCAACAAUGCACCUAUAAUGAGCCCUAUGCUAAAAAAUCAACCUGGAAAUAUUUAUACAAAAGAACAACAAGAAGCUAUAAGAGCACAAAAAGCAAUGCUUCAAGUUAGAACAAUGCAACUUAAACAAACAGGCAUGCCUAUUCAUCAAAUUAAUGAAAUUAUUCGCCAACAGGCAGCACAAAUGAAUCUCAACAUACAAGAAAUGCCAUCCCAUACAGAAGGGCGCAUGUUAGUAUUACAGGGACUAAAAAAACAUCUACAGAAUAUAAAAUCUAAAUCUUUAUAA